GUGAAUUUCUUUGUUUGGAUUACCAUUGACAAUUGUGCAUUGCCAACACCACACUCAUGGCACCAGAGAAAGACAGCAAGGGUUCGGACAACUUUGCGUUUGUUGACGGUGUCAAUCGUUUUUGUGAUUUGGCAGAAAAUGAUAAUAGAAAUGAUAAUUUUUCAGAGAACGGUGAUGCUAACAAACUAGCAUACUGUGUGACAGAUGUUCCACCAUGGUACCUCUGCAUCAUUUUUGGAAUUCAGCACUGUCUUACAGCUUUUGGUGGUAUUAUCGCCAUUCCUCUGAUCCUGUCUCAGGGCUUGUGUCUACAGCAUGAUGGGCUCACGCAAAGUCACCUCAUCAGCACUAUCUUUUUCGUGUCAGGGCUGUGCACCUUGCUGCAGGUCACUUUUGGAGUGAGGUUACCCAUUCUCCAGGGUGGGACGUUUGCUCUUCUUUCACCCUGCAUGGCUUUGCUUUCAAUGCCUGAAUGGAGCUGUCCAGCUUGGACACAGAAUUCCAGCCUGGUCAACAUUUCCUCUCCUGAGUUCAUCCAUGAAUGGCAGAGUCGCAUACAGGUGCUUCAAGGAUCAAUCAUGGUUGGAUCUCUGUUUCAAGUGCUUGCAGGAUUCUCUGGUCUUAUUGGGCUCCUUAUGCGUUUCAUCGGUCCUUUGACCAUCGCACCAACCAUUUCUCUAAUUGGCCUGUCGUUGUUUGACUCCGCUGGCAUGAAUGCAGGACACCAUUGGGGAAUAUCUGCUAUGACAACAGGUUUAAUUGUGCUAUUCUCACAAUACCUCCGCCAUAUAGCCAUACCUUUCCCAGCAUACAGCAAGGCCAAGAAUCUUCACACCACAAGGAUGUACAUAUUUCAGAUGUUACCUGUCCUUUUAGGAAUCACUCUGUCUUGGUUUAUUUGUUAUAUCUUUACAAUCUACAAUGUCCUGCCCUCUGACCCUGUCCAGUAUGGCUAUCUAGCUCGCACUGAUGUUAAAGGGGAUGUUAUUGGCAGGUCGCCUUGGUUCAGAUUUCCUUAUCCAGGUCAAUGGGGUGUGCCAACCGUAAGCCUUGCUGGCGUUUUUGGUAUCCUGGCAGGGGUUAUAUCCUCAAUGAUUGAGUCAGUGGGUGAUUAUCACGCCUGUGCCAGGUUAUCUGGUGCCCCUCCACCACCCAGACAUGCCAUCAACAGGGGCAUUGGCAUUGAAGGCAUUGGAUGUCUGCUGGCAGGUGCCUGGGGGACUGGAAACGGCACCACCUCUUACAGUGAGAAUAUAGGAGCCUUGGGCAUCACCAAGGUUGGCAGUCGCAUGGUAAUUGUGGCCAGUGGGUUUCUCAUGAUUAUAAUGGGAAUGUUCGGGAAAAUUGGAGCCAUAUUCACCACAAUCCCAACACCGGUCAUUGGAGGGAUGUUUCUGGUCAUGUUUGGGGUCAUUACUGCUGCAGGAUGUUCAAACCUACAGUAUGCAGACAUGAACUCAUCACGCAACAUCUUUAUCUUUGGAUUCUCCAUGUUUACUGGUCUUGUAAUUCCCAACUGGAUACUGAAAAAUCCUACAGCCAUAGCAACAGGUGUUGUUGAACUGGACCAGGUGCUUCAAGUACUUCUCACCACAAGUAUGUUUGUCGGAGGCUUCUUUGGCUUUCUUUUUGACAACACAAUUCCUGGAACGAAACGUGAAAGAGGCAUUGUUGCGUGGAACAGAGUCCACCAAAGUGAGUCGGACAACACAGUGGAAUGUAAUGAUGUUUACGGGCUGCCCUUCGGUGUUAGUGCCGCCCUGUCAUCCUUGCCCUGGACCAAAUAUGUGCCUUUCUGCCCAGCAAACAAAACCAGCACGGAGGAUGACACACCAUCCAACCUGGAUUCUGUGGACACUAAAACAGGGCCUAAUAAAGAUGAUUCACACAUCAUAGUAGCGGUGGCAUUAUAAUAUGUGAAAGCUUGGUUUCAAAUUGAAAUGCCGACAUAUUUUCAUUCUUCAUAAGUAUGCGCUCACUAAACUGAGAAGGCAGCUAGUGUAAUUUCACAAUACGAAUAACUUUAUACACUGUAAAAAGUUGGAUCAACUUAAAAGGUAUAGCAAAAGAUUUUUCUGCUUUUUUAAAAAUCUCCCGUGAGCAUGCACAAGCCUAUUUCUCUUCGGUCAAAUUGCUGCCGGCAUGGCUCAUACAUUGAAAUAUUUACCGUGUCUGUGCGGUUCGUGACUUGUGCCAGGGCUAAUCAUAGCUUACAUCAACUUUUACUAGCAGUGAUUUUAAAUGGAUUCCUCUAAAUAGCUUGCCAAACUUUACCUUUACCACACAUACACCUGAACGUGCGCAUGCGCAGAAAGCGAACCCUAGGGAGGAACACGUACGAAGGCCUUACGUAAACAUAAUCACCAGAAUGAUUGACAACUGGGAUGACCAAUAGUCUUGACCCAGAAAAAAAAUCUUCGGCUAUACCUUUAAAAAAAAAAUACGAUUUGUAACACCUAAAAAAUGUACUUAAAAAAUUUGUUUGAUGAAAAAUUUAAGUUGAAUAAAAAUGUUACCAAUUGAAGUAACUUUUUAAGUUGAAACAACGUUUCGCUUUUUACAGUGUAUAUUCUAAUCUGCGGUACUGUUGUAUUUUAUUUGAGAUAUCAUUUUAUUUUCACAUUUUAUGCUUUAUGAACACUUGUUAAAGCAACACCAAAGAGUUUUUUUUACCUUAAAAUAACGUUUCCCAAAAAGUUUCAGUGGUUCAUCCACUCAAAACAGGGUGAAUGGCACUUUCACAUUCGCUUUGCAGCCCUCUAUCGGCCAAAACCGCACUAAAGAGGUUUCCAACCGUCGGGUAGUGGUCCUGUAGUUCGAGUGAAAACUAUAAAAACUUGCUUUAUGGGAGACCUACAAUCCAAUCAGAGCCAGCUAUGCUGCAGUAUUUACGACAGUGCUAAUGAACAAUUACGUGUCUAACCUGUAGGGGGAGCAAAGAGCAUUAACUCUUUAGUGUUGCUUUAAAGCUAAGUAUUACUGUACUUUUUAUAUCUCUAAACAGUAUUUAAAUAUCUUUUAAACAGUAUUUAAAGUUUUGGACAAUUUCAAUGAUUAUUUUUUCACUUUUAUCUUAGAGGAAGAUUUUCAAUAUACGUAGAAGUGUCUAUUUCAAUUAAACAACAGCAAACAUUUAUCUAUGACGUUCCACCAUGUCACAUCUAUGUUUUUGUAAAUGUUGAAUUUUAAAUGGAAAAAGUAUACAGAUUAUAUACUAGAUU